UGGGAGCACACUAUACAGAGAGAUCUUCUUCACGCAAGUCACUCAAUAUAAGUAUAAGGUGCAGGUAGUAGACCGUGUGAUCAGCCUCCAGAACACUAUUGGUUAAUAGAGCUUUAUAAGUCUCAGAUUGACCUCUGUCCUCACAGCUCCGAAACUGCACUGAGAGGACAAAGACAGUGAAGAGGCUGAGCCCCACAGGACUCCUAGGAUACGUGGAAAACAUGUACCAGAUCAGGCUCUACAAGGACUCUGAUUAUGAUAGGGUUCGAGAGAUCUUCGCUCUUGGAAUGAUGGAACAUACGGGAAAAGCUUUCCAUAUUUCACUACGUCUCCCGCGUGUCUGGACAUUUCUCCUGCUGACGUUCUUUCUUCUCUUCUAUAUCACUGGGUCAUUCCUGAUGUCCUCUCUCGGUGUGGUCAUUGAUAUAGGGCUCUUAUAUCUCAUCCACUGGGGCAUCUACUGGUUCUAUGUCUCACACUGUCUAUCCGACGACAUGUUGGAUAUUCAGAAAUAUUAUCUCCAGCGGGACGGUUACUGCUUUUGGGUGGCAGAGUCAUCAGGAGAGGUGGCAGGGAUGGUAGCUGCUGUCCCACCACAUGAACCUGGAGGAGAGAGACAAGUGGAACUUGUGAGGCUGUCAAUUCCCAAAAAACACCGGGGGAAGGGUAUUGCUAAGGCCUUGUGCAGGACAGUCAUUGACUAUGCCCGGAGGAGAGGCUGUGAGGCGGUGGUCUUGGGAACCUCAUACCCUCAAGGUGAUGCCAGGAAGAUGUAUGAGAAGAUGGGUUUUAGGAGAACCAGAACUGCCUAUGCCCCAGGUGAUCCCCAUCUACUGAUUAAUUCACAUCAUACAGAAGCCGGACUGAUGAAUAGAAGUUUCAAUGGUCACCCCACUUUUUGUUUACAUUAUUAAAGAAAAUCGAAUAAUUCCUUAAAUAUUUCUUCAAUAAAAAUAUAAAGACUCUU